AUGAUGCGCAGCUCUAAGCUGCUUCUCCAGCGACUCAGCAGAGCCCCGGCAGCGAGCAGCGCCCAAGCCCAUACCUUCACUUUUCGCGCCAAUGCUCUGCCUCUCCCACUUCAAUGGAAAUGUUACACGACUUCCGCAGUAGGAAAACCCAGCGUUACAAAGCACGUUGAGUCAUUCAUUUCUGGCCAUCCUAGCCUGCUCGCCGCUCACAAUCGUCGCACAACCACACAUAAUGUCCGAUCAUUCACUACUACGCAAGCAUAUUCAAGAGAGGGGAGGCAUGCGGAGCGGAAGCCUGAACCGAACCCUCUUGUCCAUCAGGUGGAGGACACACCAACGAAGGCAGUAAGCGAGGAAGCUACAAAAACGGUAGAGGAGGAGGAGCUGGACCAUGAACAAGUAGAGCGUGGAUUCGGGCGGUCAGAGAAGGCGAGUCAAGCAUCCCAGGUCAACCUCAGUGCACGCCUCUCGAAAGACCCCAAAGACCAAGGCAAAGGGGCGGGACUUAAAGAAACUUGGAGGUUGAUCAAGAUCGCACGGCCAGAAGCUGGAGUUCUCGGAUGGGCAUUCCUCUUCCUUAUAGUAUCGUCUUCAAUUUCCAUGACUAUACCAUUCUCAAUUGGCAAAUUUCUGGACGUUGCAACGAAGGCAGAGGAUGGAGGCAAUACGCUGUACGGCUUCGACCUGUCAACCCUCUACUUAGCCUUGGGUGGUAUCCUGAUUGUUGGCGCUGGAGCGAACUACGGCCGUAUCAUAAUCCUUCGGAUAGUGGGAGAACGUAUUGUGUCCCGAUUACGGUCUCAGCUUUUCCGAAGAACUUUCGCACAGAACGCGGAGUUUUUCGAUGCCAAUCGGGUGGGAGAUCUUAUAUCGCGUCUCAGCUCUGACACCGUCAUUGUUGGAAAGAGCAUUACUCAAAACCUGUCGGAUGGACUACGGUCUCUGGUCAGCGGAGUCGCCGGAUUAACACUCAUGGCCUAUGUCAGUCUCAAGCUUACGAGUGUCCUGGCCAUCUGCUUUCCACCCGUAGCUAUUGGGACGUUCUUCUAUGGCCGAGCUAUAAGGAAUCUCAGCCGCAAGAUACAGAAGAAUCUGGGGACCCUGACCAAGAUCGCCGAAGAAAGACUAGGAAACGUAAGGACAAGUCAAGCGUUCGCUGGUGAGAUCUUGGAGGUUGCAAGGUACAAUAAACAGGUGAAGAGGAUAUUCAAUUUGGGGAUAACAGAAGCUUUCAUUUCAGCUACAUACUUCAGCGCGACAGGUCUCGCUGGCAAUAUGACUAUACUUGCUUUACUCUAUAUCGGAGGCGGAAUGGUGCAAUCCGGUGCCAUCAGUAUAGGGGAGCUGACAUCCUUCCUCAUGUACACCGCAUAUGCUGGAUCGAGUCUUUUCGGGCUGUCGGGCUUUUGGUCUGAGCUCAUGAAAGGAGUUGGAGCCGCAAGCAGGUUGUUUGAGCUGCAGGACAGAAAGCCAACCAUUUCGCCAACCGUGGGUUUACCCGUUUACACUGCCCGGGGAGCCAUCCGGUUCGAAAACCUGUCCUUCAGCUACCCCACCCGGCCGGCAGUCGACAUAUUCAAGAAUCUAGACUUCGAGAUCCCACAAGGCUCCAAUGUCGCAGUCGUUGGACCAUCCGGUGGCGGAAAGUCAACAAUAGCCUCACUCCUCCUCCGAUUCUAUACGCCUACUCAGGGCUCCAUCAAAAUCGAUGGCGUCGAUCUGUCUACCAUGAACGUCAAAGCUUUAAGACGGAAAAUUGGAGUCGUGUCUCAAGAGCCUGUGCUUUUCUCUGGAACGAUUGCGGAUAAUAUCUCUUAUGCAAAACCUAACGCCACUCGCAAAGAGAUAAUUGAAGCUGCUCGAAAGGCCAAUUGCCGAUUCAUUGAAGACUUUCCCGAUGGCCUUGACACUUCUGUGGGUCCGAGAGGGGCAAUGUUGUCAGGUGGACAAAAACAGCGAAUAGCAAUUGCAAGAGCUCUGGUAAAGAACCCGGACAUCCUGAUCCUAGACGAAGCAACAUCCGCCCUAGACGCAGAAUCCGAGACCCUAGUCAACCAAGCCCUCGCUGCCCUCCUCAAAGGCAACAACACCACCAUCUCCAUCGCCCAUCGCCUGUCAACCAUUAAGCGCUCCGACAGCAUCAUCGUGCUUUCUUCCGACGGCAAAGUAGCACAGCAAGGUUCUUAUGCUGAGCUCAGCCAGGAUCGUCAUGGGGCCUUUACCAAGCUGAUGGAGUGGCAGAUGAGCGGCGGAGAGACAAAGGGGGAGCCGGAAGUUACGAAAGAGGUGGAACCAGAGGCGAAGGAGACGAUGAGCGAAUACGAUGAUGUUGUCGAGGGGCUGUCAGAGGAGAGCGAAGUAGAAGAGGACGAGGCGGCUUUGAAGCCGAAGAGAGGCGACGAGGCGGGGCCGGAGACGGUCUUGGACAAGUCUCGUAAGGGGGAGAUGUGA